GGGCCCGCAGCGGCAGCAGCCGAGCGGCGGGAGGGAGCGCCUGAGGAGCCUGCAGCGGGAUCGCUUUAAAUUCCCGGCCACCUCCUCCGCGGGUUACCUGCCCGGCCCAGGUGGGGCGAUGCGGAGCGGAGGAGGCUGCUUUGGAGAUUGCCGCCGCUUCUGAUGGAUGUUUUGUGUGUGUUUACCUCCGCUCCCGGUUUCUCUUUCAUCUGAGGACGCAUCUGGCUGAAGCGCUGUUAAACUAUCUGCCUGCUGAGGCAUUUCAUCUUUAAGGGCCGGCUGCUUGCGCACACUUUUAUACCCACUGAAGUGAUCAAGAAACCAUGUUGUCUGGUGGAAGAAGUGCGUUUCUGUGCCUCGGAUUGAUCUUGAGCUUUUGGAGCUCCAUGAGUUGGAUGCCUGUUGGAGGAUGCCCGCAUAAAUGUACAUGUAUUGCUUCCAACGUGGAUUGUCAUGGACUAGGACUCAAAACUGUACCGAGGGAUAUCCCCAGGAAUGCAGAGAGACUUGAUCUAGAAAAAAACAACAUCACAAGAAUCACAAAGACGGACUUCACAGGACUGAAGAAUCUCCGUGUCUUACACUUGGAAGAAAAUCAGAUUAGUGUGAUAGAACGUGGAGCAUUUCAGGAUCUAAAACAACUGGAACGGCUGCGUCUGAACAAGAAUAAAUUGCAAGUGCUUCCAGAGCUGCUGUUUCAGAACACACAGAAGUUGACCAGAUUAGACCUGAGUGAAAACCAGAUAAAAGGAAUCCCUAGAAAGGCCUUUCGAGGAAUCAUUGAUGUGAAAAACUUGCAACUGGACAACAACCAGAUCAGCUGCAUCGAAGAUGGAGCCUUCCGAGCCCUGCGCGACCUGGAGAUCCUUACUCUCAACAAUAACAACAUCACCCGCAUUCCUGUCACCAGUUUCAAUCACAUGCCAAAGAUCAGGACUCUGCGACUUCACUCCAACUUCCUGCACUGCGACUGCCACCUGGCUUGGCUGUCGGACUGGCUGCGGCAGAGACGCACCAUCGGGCAGUUCACCUUCUGCUUGGCACCUGUCAGCCUGCGGGGUUUUCUAGUGGCAGAGGUGCAGAAGAAGGACUUUGUCUGCUCUGGUUCCCAGUCUGAAUCUCCAUCAUGCAGUGCCAGUUCCAUCACUUGCCCAUCUGCCUGCACCUGCAGCAACAACGUAGUGGAUUGUCGAGGAAGGGGAUUAACAGAAAUUCCAGCUAACCUACCAGAGGACAUUUGGGAAAUACGUUUGGAACAAAACCUCAUCAAAAUCAUUCCCCCUGGAGCUUUUACCCAGUAUAAGAAGCUUAAGAGAAUAGAUAUCAGCAAGAAUCAAAUAUCUGACAUUGCACCUGAUGCGUUCAAAGGCUUGAAAUCUCUCAUUUCACUAGUGCUCUAUGGAAACAAGAUCACAGAGAUUCCCCAGGGCCUUUUUGAUGAUCUCGUGUCUCUGCAGCUGCUGCUUCUCAAUGCCAAUAAAAUCAACUGCCUGAGGGUAAACACGUUCCAAGGUCUGCAUAAUCUCAAACUGCUAUCUCUUUAUGACAACAAACUGCAGACCAUCAGCAAGGGGCUCUUUGCACCUCUCCGAUCGAUCCAGACUCUACAUUUAGCUCAGAAUCCAUUUGUGUGCGACUGCCAUUUGAAGUGGCUGGCUGAUUACCUGCAGGAUAAUCCGAUAGAAACCAGCGGCGCUCGAUGCAGCAAUCCGCGUCGCCUUGCCAACAAACGAAUCAGCCAGAUCAAGAGCAAGAAGUUCCGCUGCUCAGGGUCAGAGGAUUACAGAAGUAAAUUCACCGGCAAGUGUUUCAUGGACCUUGUCUGUCCUGAGAAGUGUCGCUGCGAGGGAACAGUUGUAGACUGCUCUAACCAAAAACUCACCCGGUUACCCAGUCACCUUCCUGAAUAUACUACUGAUCUGCGUUUGAAUGACAAUGAUAUUUCUGUUUUGGAAGCUAUCGGACUCUUCAAGAAAUUGCCUAACCUCAGAAAAAUAAAUCUAAGCAACAAUAAGAUCAAGGAGAUCCGAGAAGGCACAUUUGACGGAGCUUCAGGAGUGCAGGAACUGAUUCUGACAGAGAAUCAGCUGGAAUCAGUGCAUGGACGAAUGUUUAGAGGCCUCACAGGGCUAAAGACAUUGAUGCUGAGGAGCAACUCUAUCAGCUGCAUAAACAACGACACCUUUGCUGGACUGAGCUCGGUGAGGCUUCUUUCUCUGUAUGACAAUCACAUCAGCACUAUCACUCCUGGAGCCUUCAGCACAUUAGUCUCUUUGUCUACAAUUAAUUUACUGGCUAAUUCCUUUAAUUGUAACUGCCAUUUGGCCUGGCUGGGAAAAUGGUUGAGGAAGAAGAGAAUUGUCAGUGGAAAUCCACGCUGCUUGAAACCCUUUUUCUUAAAGGAUAUUCCAAUCCAAGAUGUAGAUGUCCAGGACUUCACCUGCGAUGGUAAUGAUGAAAGCAGCUGCUUGCUUUCACCUCCCUGUCCUUCCCAGUGUACCUGUGUGGAUUCAGUGGUACGUUGCAGCAACAAAGGACUGAGGGUAUUGCCCAAAGGAAUUCCCAAAGACGUGACUGAGCUCUACUUGGAAGGAAACCAUCUGACUGCUGUGCCGAAGGGGCUCUCCACCUUCAGACACCUGACAUUGAUUGAUCUGAGUAACAACAGCAUAAGUGUAUUGGCCAAUUACACCUUCAGCAACAUGACUCAGUUAUCGACGCUCAUCUUGAGUUACAAUAAGCUUCGCUGCAUUCCAGUCCACGCGUUCAACGGGCUCAGGUCUCUUCGAGUGCUGACACUGCAUGGAAACGAUAUUUCCAGUGUUCCCGAAGGUUCUUUCAACGACCUGGUGUCCUUGUCCCAUCUGGCUCUGGGUACCAACCCUUUGCACUGUGAUUGCAACCUCCGCUGGCUGUCGGAGUGGGUGAAGGCAGGCUACAAGGAGCCGGGGAUUGCCCGCUGCAGCGGGCCUGACGCCAUGGUGGACAGGCUGCUGCUCACAACGCCCACUCACCACUUCCAGUGCAAAGAGCCAGUAGAUAUCAGUGUUGUGUCCAAGUGUAAUCCCUGCCUCUCCAAUCCAUGUAAGAACAAUGGGACAUGCAGCAAUGAUCCAGUGGAGUUUUAUCAAUGCACCUGCCCAUUUGGCUUCAAGGGUCGAGACUGCAGUGUGCCCAUUAAUUCUUGCAUUCAAAGCCCAUGUCAGAAUGGAGGGACCUGUCACCUCACCGAGGCAAAUAAAGAUGGAUUCAGCUGUUCUUGUCUCCUUGGCUAUGAGGGGGAGAGGUGUGAAAUCAACUCAGAUGACUGCGAAGAUAAUGACUGCGAGAAUAACUCUACAUGUGUGGAUGGGAUCAACAACUAUGUCUGUCUGUGCCCUCCUAAUUAUACAGGUGAACUGUGUGAUGAGGUGAUUAACCACUGUGUUCCUGAUCUAAAUCCAUGCCAACAUGAGUCCAAAUGUCUUCCCCUUGACAAAGGAACCAGAUGUGAGUGCUUGCCGGGUUACAGUGGAAAACACUGUGAAAUAGAUGAUGAUGACUGCGUGGGCCAUAAGUGUCGCCAUGGAGCUGCCUGCGUAGAUGCCGUCAAUGGCUACACCUGCGUCUGUCCUCAGGGUUUCAGUGGACUUUUCUGUGAAACUCCUCCACCGAUGGUUCUGCUCCAGACGAGCCCAUGUGAUAACUACGAGUGCCAGAACGGGGCUCAGUGCAUCGUGGUGCACCACGAGCCUGUCUGCCGCUGCCUCGCCGGCUUCGCUGGCCAGAAGUGUGAGAAGCUCAUCACAGUCAACUUCGUGGGGAAGGAUUCCUAUGUGGAGCUGCCAUCAGCCAAAAUUCGCCCUCAGGCAAAUAUCUCCCUCCAGGUAGCAACAGACAAGGACAAUGGCAUCUUAUUAUACAAAGGGGACAAUGAUCCUCUGGCUCUGGAGUUGUACCAAGGGCACGUGAGGCUCAUCUACGACACGCUGAAUUCUCCACCCACCACAGUAUACAGUGUGGAAACAGUAAACGAUGGGCAGUUUCAUAGUGUGGAACUCGUGAUGCUGAAUCAAACUCUGAACCUGGUGGUGGACAAGGGGACCCCCAAGAGUCUGGGAAAACUGCAGAAGCAGUCUGCUGUCAGCCUCAACACACCCCUCUACAUUGGAGGGAUCCCAACCUCUACUGGGCUAUCUUCGCUGCGCCAGGGUGCAGAUAAGACACCAAACGGCUUUCAUGGCUGUAUUCACGACGUCCGCAUCAACAACGAGCUGCAGGACUUCAAGGAUUUACCUCAGCAGUCACUGGGAGUCCUUCCUGGCUGCAAAUCCUGUAACAUCUGCAAGCACGGGAUCUGCCGCUCCCUGGAGAAAGCGAGUGUGAUUUGUGAAUGUCACCCAGGCUGGACAGGCCCCCUAUGUGAUCAGGAAAUGGGAGACCCGUGUCUCAACCACAAGUGUCUUCAUGGUAAGUGUGUGGCGGCCAACGUCGCUUACACAUGUAAGUGCAUGGAGGGCUACACAGGCACAUACUGUGACAAGAAGAACAACUCCUCCAAUCCCUGCAGGCUUUUGAAAUGCACCCACGGGCAGUGCAAGAUCUCUGAGCACGGGGAGCCCUCCUGUGACUGCGACCCCGGCUAUGGUGGAGAGCACUGUGACAGAGAGAACCUCUGCCAAGGAGAGAUCAUUCGAGAAGUGGUCCGUAAGCAGCAGGGCUACACGUCGUGUGCCAGCACCUCCAAAGUGCCGCGCCUGGAGUGCCGCGGCGGCUGCGGCGGCGGUCACUGCUGCGUCCCGCUCCGCAGCAAGAGGCGGAAAUACUUCUUCCAGUGUGUAGAUGGCUCCACCUUCACGGAGGAACUGGAGAGGCACGUGGAAUGCGGCUGCUCGAAAUGCUUGUAAGCCAUUCUCCAGUCUGUUGCCACUUUAACCGCCUCGGGAGCGCUACGGUAAACGGGACCUAUUUCCUUUCAGAGUGAAGAAGAAGAAGAAGAAAAGAAUUAUUAAGUAUAUUGUAAAAUAAACAAAAAUAGAACUUAUUUUUAUUAUGGAAAGUGACUAUUUUCAUCUUUUAUUAUAUAAAGUAUCGCACCACUUUGGGUAUAUGUAUCAUAUAGUGAGUUAUUUUUACCAUGAAACUUUUUUAACAGUUGUAAGAAAAAAAGAGGAAAAAAAAAAGUUAAAAAAAGGUAUCUAAAAGCAAACAGCCUACCAGGAGAAACGUGGGGGUGCCCUUCUGGGUAUGCACAGGGAACAGGUACCAAGGUGUUCCAAGGACCUGCCACAGAACUGCUACGGGCUCAAGAGCUCUGCGAGGUUGUGGCAGCCGCCAGUCCCCCUCGCUGGGCACCCCGGGCCAGCCUCCCCUCCUCCCUGCUCUGCCUCACACUGCCCAUCUGCUUUGUUCCUGCAGUGGCUCCUCUUCCUGAACUGGUUCCCAUAGCACGUAGGCACGGCUGCAGCUCGAGGCUGUCAACAUUAGCUGACUAUUGUAAUACUAUAAUACAUUUUUUUGCAGUGUACGUUGUAUUUAUCUGUGUUCACGUUAUAUUCUUUGGCAACUGUAUCUAUAGAGCACAGGCAGCUUUAUCCAAAAGAAGGGGGACAAAGGGAAAAUAAGUGGGGAAAUUUAUGUUGCUUUGGGAAAUUUGGGGGCAAAAUGUGAAACAAGUGCUAAGUAAUGCCUAAUAAAUGACACAGUACGUUUGUGUAAACUCCUCAGCUAUGUUAUUUCCCGAGUUUGUGCCUUCUCGCUCCCAGACCCAAGCCCUUUUUUGUAUAUGAAAUCUAAGGAAUGCACUGCUACAUAGUUUGUCACGUCUUGACACUUUAACUUGUAAAGGCUGUAAAGAGCAUGAAACUACUGCAGGUGCCAGAAUGUCCCCGUGGUGCGACAGCUUCUGCUCCCGCUGCACCGCAGGGUAAGUGAGCUGUCACUGCCUCUUUGUCCUUGCUCUGGUACCGCGCAGUUGGCUACUUUUCCACAGCUUUUUAGAUGAGCAGAAGUUGCACUAUAUCCACGUGAAGGUAUUCAGCUGACAUUUGUCCACCUUAGCAGCACUCUCUUCUCUGCACAAGGAGAGGCAUCGCAGCUCCAUCCUGUCCUGUCUCGCCAUUGGUGCAGACGGACCGAUUCAGCCAAAGCUUUUCCAUCUGCACCACAUCACGUCCCACACUCCUGUCUCCUGAAGGGCUCCCAGUGACUUUAACUGUGUUCAGAGAUGGAAAUCUAUUCAGGGAUGAAUUCUCACUGUAAAUGUGAGGCAGAAGUUGUCUCUGGGAGUAAGUUUGACUUUUGGAGGGUUUUGGCAGGACUACGUUUCAGGGUCAGUAAGUACGUUCAAAAAGUACCAUGGAUACUUUGAAGUUUCUCUUACUGUAAGUUCAAACAUGCCCAAAAACUGUUCCAUUAUCAGAGUCAUUUUCUUUCUUUCCCUGAUAUAGCAAGUAUUAUGGUCUUUUCUUUAGUUUCUCUAAGAGAGGCAAGCAGAGACAGUUCCUAGUAGUCAUAAGCUCUGUUUGGGAACACUUACAGGUCACACCAAGAUGAUUUCAGAUGCAAAGCAUGAAUAGGAAAGUUGAAUCACAUAAAAGGGGCUUUUGUUUGACUGGGGCUUUGGAAAGAUGCACUGAAUGCAGCCCUGCCAUAACAAGUCUAAGUGCUUGUUUCCCAUUAAAGUGACCAUCUAGCUAUGGUGCAGCCAGAAAGCUCUACCCUGCAUGGCCUUCUUCUGCUACAUCAGUCUCUCCUCACCUGCAGCAGUUCACUCCUAUUUGUUUGCUUCUACCAGAGCAACUUGAGCAGAAGGGACAGCCAUCUAACAGCCAUCCUGCACGAUACAUAUCGGUAUGUGGAGCCUGCAAUCAGUGAGACAUAAACCAAUCACUAGUUAAUGUGCCAAACUGUGACUGAAAUGGUUCAGCUCAAGAGCCAGGGAAAAACUAGCCCUGGUUGCAAGGGCUAUGGGCUGCUUUUUACUUUGAAUAUCAUGAUAGAAGCUGACAGCAGCUGGAGUUUGUGGUGUAUGACAAAAAUCACCCAAACCCACCACCUACUGGUCUUAAAAAUUUGUGCAAGUAACUGCAGACCCUUUUGUAAGUAUGUGCCUGGCACAACUCUACGAUUAAUGUUCCAUUCCUGCUUAAAACACUUUAAUUUCUAGAGAAGCAGCUGGUGGGUGCCAGGCAAAAGAAAUCCAGACUGAGCAGUGACUUACAAGCCCUCCGUGUGCUCUGCUGCACCAUUUGUAGCCACUAAACUGCCAAGGCCUGAAGCAACAUGGCCCCUCUUGAGGAACACUUCCCAAAACUGUGUUUGCUAAAGCAAUGUAUGUGAGAAAGAAGGUGACAUUUACUCGAGGGUGCUUGAAAAGGAAUGAUCUUGACUGGCAAGGCAAAAGCCAUUGACAUCUCCUUAACACGUCUCUCUGGGAUUUACUGAAGCAAAGCCUUGCAGCGAAGUGACCAGCAAUGCUCAGCAAGGCUGGCCCUGGUCCUGGCCUUUUUCUGUCAUGGCACUUCAGUGUUAGGGUUGGGAUAAAGAACUAAGAAUAUCUAUUUUGUAACCAAAUGAUGCAAUUUUUUUGUAUGCUUCUAGGCAGCACUUGCCUUUGGAUAGUGAUGCUUUAUGUCAAUGAUUCUCUCGACUUGCUAUAGAAUUAUUUUAUGUUAAGAAGAGAAUAAAAAGCAUUCAGAUGUGCCAAAAAUGUGAGGUUAACUGAAGUGUAAUGAGCUCUGAAAGUUCCUUUGUAACCUGCCUAAUGUUACAAUAGAUUUCAAGAACUGCGGGUACAGCGCAGUAGUUUUUACCUCUAUGAAGUUUUAAUAUAAAGUGAAGAAAGAUGCUUACCCUUAAAAAAAAUGGCAAUGCAGACUGGUGUGAACUGAUGUAUUUUAUUAAUAGAUUCUCAUUGUGAUGUAAGUUUAAAUAAAUUGUUGGGUUAUGGAAGAUUAUAACAUA